CACCUGCCCUAAUGUAGAUGAGGUUCUUGACAGGUUCUGGUGUCUCCCUGGGGUAGCUGAACUGAUGGUAAAGCUUGUCACUGACUUCAGUGGGCACAGAGAUAGGCCCCCAUGGAGUGAUUUGAGAAUCCCACCUUUGCAGGUUAUUGCCCCUUGAAGAUAGAAGAGGGUGGGGGAGGAUAAUAGCUCUGACAACAAGUAGGGACUGAAAAGAGAAAUCAGACUAUGGGUCUAUUUUGAUUUUGGCACUUACCUUUUGAGAGACUCUCUGUUACCAUGGCGGCGGGCACGGUUAAAACCUGAGGAGAUAGCAAAGUUACAUUUAAUACAAAAUACAAUAUUUUGCAUGGACAUACUUUGGCACCAAUGUUUUUUUUCCUCUACCGCCUCUGCCUCUGUAACUAAGAAAACCUGCCUUCGUGAUACCAUGUUUGUUUGUUUUGUCAUUCUCAUCUCCAAGCCUACCAUAUUUGAAGACUUUACAAAUCAAACCAAUAUUAACAGAUGCUAACAUUGGCAGCUCUUUCUCUUUUGCUUUUGUACUGGCUGUGGAAUGAAAGGAAGCUAGGUUUCUUUGUUUCCUUUCUCUCUUCAUUAAAAUGUGUGUGCGCAUUUAGCAGUUAUGAAAUUAUAACCGCAAUUUAUUGUGAUAACUAGUGGUACCCAGACAUUCUGGUUAUUUCAUAUCUGUUUUCAACAAUUAAUGAUUUUUUAUCUGCAUUAAUGUAGCUGGCAGCCUGUCCUAGAAGCUUUGUCACAGAGGGCUUUAUGUCAGACUACUAUAUUUCCAUUUUUCCUGUUGUCAGAACUGUUAAGAUAGAGAGGUUGACAGUGCUGAUGAAUGCGGGCAAUUCAGAUGGUUUUUGAGUGGACUCAUAAUGGGCUGAUGACACUGCUUUAUCCUCUGGGCUAAAGAAGUUAACUUCCAAGAUUAAAAAUAAGAAGCAUUACAAAUACUUUUUCUAAAAAAUUUUAGGAAACAAAUGUCUUGGGAUUUAAAGGACCUCGCAAAAUGAGUGUGGUCAUACCAGGAAUGAAUAUGGACCAUGAAAGAGUUUCUAUCCGACCACGUAACGAACAUGAAACGCUUCUUGCAAGAUGGCAGAACAAAAAUACAGAGAGCGUCAUUGAGCUGCAUAACAAAACUCCGGUCUGGAAUGAUGACACCCAGUCCUAUGUUUUAAAUUUCCAUGGUCGAGUCACACAGGCCUCUGUGAAAAACUUCCAAAUUAUUCACGAUAAUGAUCCUGACUAUAUAGUGAUGCAGUUUGGCCGUGUGGCUGAGGAUGUAUUCACCAUGGACUACAACUACCCAAUGUGUGCACUACAAGCCUUUGCUAUUGCCCUCUCCAGCUUUGACAGCAAAUUGGCUUGUGAGUAAACAGGAGUGGUAGAGUCUCUACACAGCUGAGCAGUAUGCCACAAGGGAAAACAACAUGAUUCCAAAUUCUCACUGGUAUCAUUUAUGGUUCAUACAAACCAGGCCAGGUAAAAUUCAUUUUUGGAAGGACCACCAUAUUGCUGGGGAGAAAAUAAUUGGAAUCUUUUAAACAUUCAGGACAUUCAGGAAAUAUUGUUUUAUCUGUUAUAUAUUUUUCUGGAAGUGGCAUCAAGUUUCUGUAAAUAAAAGUCCUGUCUGAUAUUCUUAGCUAUGUUAUGGAGAGGUGCCAUGAUGUACUGAACCAUGAAGUAACACCAUUCCCAGUGGUGUGUCUUUUCUAAAUCCAUGAAAGCUAUCUUAAAAAAAAAAAAACCCAUAAAAACAGACUUUUUUUUUUAAGAAGUAUUCAGAGGCUGUAAUCAGACCUCAAGAUUGUGUUGAAUACUUUGAAGUUCACAUCACCCGACACAGAAGAAAAGAUCACUAAAAAAGAUGCACUUUUUGGACAGACGAGGAUCUCGUGUAAUAUAAAAUCAAGUCUAAAGGUGGAAGGCCUAUAUUGGACUGAACUUGAUUUGUUGCUAUUAUUUAUGUGGAGGAGCAGGGUGAGUUUUAAUUAUAGUAGGAGAAAAAGGAGAAGUAGACAGCACAAAAUAAUGUUGCACAAGUCACUUGAAUUCUAAAGUGUCAUUUUUUUAUGUUUUAACAUCUAUUUGCUUUUAAGUUCUGUUUCAAAUGAAAACCUAUUGGAAUUCUAGAAAGGGGGGGUGGAAUCUGAAUGCCAGCAUUUCGGCAUGCUGGGUCUUUGGAAUUAUAUCCUUAUAUAUCCCUAUAUCAAUUCAGAUACAUAUUUUGUGUCAAGUGAUAUAAAUAUUUGGAUAAAGAUCACUUCACAGAGCUGCAUCAUUAUUUUAAGCCAGUUGUGUGAAUGACUAAGGAAAGUAGUAGAAAUAAUAUAUUAAAUUAGUCUGGCCUUUUGUGAUUUAAAUUUUGGAUAUUGAGUUUUGUCAAAUCUACAGUAACAAUUUUCAUAUUUAUUUCUCAUUGUAAAAGUGCUUGAAAUCUAUUUUGCAUUAUAAUGUAAGAGUGCCAUCUACUGAGCUAAAUUCUUCUAGGCAAAUAUAGUGUACAUUACAGACAAAUUAGGUUAAUUCAGGACAUACAAAUUGCUUAAACUAGUAUUUUCUUUUGUUUCAUCUUUUCUGAUAGGUCUGGGAUAUAUAAACAAAUA